CGAUCAUUUUAGGAUCGUCUUUGGAUGAAGUGUCUAUUUCUCCCCGAUAACUUAUCAGCCAGUUUCAUUCUAGUCUAUUUGCAUUUUUCUAUUUGAAAAUUUUUGUCAAGUUGCACUUCUUUCUACUCCCUUUUGUGCAAAUAGUGACUGUACGCAAAACCACCGUUGAUAUUCAUGGGAAACGCUUCUUCUACUAGUGUUUGGGACCUUUCCUCUAAUGGCUCACUAGGACCUUACUAUAUGAAUAACAGUGUUCCCAGAAGUGAUCGUUUGCUUUAUAUGAGGAACAUGUUCUCCCGGUCGACUCGUUCCAGGAGGCAACGAAACUAUUCAACCAGACGAGGAAACAGCACAGAAGAACCAAAAUUGAUUCCCACUCAGUUUUAUUUAGAAGAAAGUACCUUUGUAAAGCUGAUAAAGAAUAAGAUAGUUGCUCCCAGAUACAAAGGAAGUGAAGUCAAGUCCGAGGAAUACCGAUUGGAGUGUCCCAUCUGUUUCUAUUAUUAUCCUGCUUUGAACUACACAGUUUGUUGUAAACAAUGCAUUUGUAGUAGCUGUUUCUUUCGUAUUCAGAGAAAGAGAACUGACAAGUCUGCACCAUGUUCUUUUUGUAAAGCUUCUCUAUUUGAAAUUGUAUAUGAUCCUACAGCUCAAAGCGACAUUGAAAAGAAUCAAGAAUCAGGAAAUUAUUCGGCAGAGCGAGAGAUGGUAGCAGAACUAGAAACCAAAAACACCGAGCUCUCUGCAUGCUCAAAGGUCUCCAAUAGUGGAAUUAUUGAAAAGAAAGAAAGUUUAUCCAGAAACAUUGUAUUAUCGGAUAGCUUCGUUGUGGAAGAGGAUGAAGAUAUUCCAUUCAAUCCCAGAGAAGUGGAAAUUCCUAUAUUUCUACAAAAUGAAGGAUAUACUGAAGAAGACCUUAUGAUAAUGGAAGCUUGCUUUCGUUCGAUGAGAGCAACUAGAGUCUAACUAUAAUAUGUAAUACCUUUUUCAGUCGGGUGCGUUACUACUUCUACGUAUACAUAUAUAUAUAUACAUAUACAUAUUAAAAAUAAAUUGAAUCUAAUCAUU